AUUCAUAGAUAAAAUGGUUGACAGUUUGAAUGAUGAGAUAUCAUUCAGCACCGUGACAAAUGUUGAUGAAGGAGUUCAAUGGCUGGGCUAUACGUAUCUGUUUGUACGUAUGAAAAAUAACCCACUUGUAUAUGGAAUGAAUUAUUCGGAACGAGAUGAUCUGGACAUGAAAGAAGCCAAUAUUCUAUCAAUAAUAAGUCAAAGCAGCGAAUUUGCGGAUUUGAAAUCAAGAGAAGAGGAGGCUAAAGAACUUGAAAGACUUAAGAAAGAUGUUUGUCCUUGUCAAAUUAAGCAAACUACCGAUGAUACAAUUACAAGUCGCAUAGUUCGAGCUUUAUUCGAAAUUGCUUUGAGUCGUAACUGGGCUCAAGUUUCGUCUAUUUUAUUAGAUUUAUGUAAAGGUAUUGUUCAACAUAUGUGGACGCUUGAGAAUCCUUUGGCUCAUUUAAACUGCCUCGAGAGAUUAUAA